GUGUGUUUUCCAUCCCGUUUAUAGUGCCGCACCCUGUCCUCUGUGCGUAAAACCUCCCUCCCGCGUAGGUGCAUCAUCAUCAUCACCACCCUCAUCAUCAUCAUCAUCACACACCACGUUUCUCCCAGCAGCGGGAUAGCGGUUCACCUCUUCGCGGACAGGUUGGGCUCAGAGAUGGGAGUGGAGCGGAGGCUUUUCAGGCUAUGACACGGACGCACCAGGCGGGAAGGAUGGCUCUCACCAGCCGGGAAUUGUUGUGCUUGAUCGGAUCCGCCUGCCUCUGGCUGCCGCUGCUUGCAGAGGUGGUGGCUGAGGACAGCUACUUAAACGAGGUGCAGAACUCAGUGCCUCUGUCCUGCUCUGAGGGAUUUACUGAGUUGGGAUACUACAACGGCACUGUGUCUCAGACGGACUCUGGCGCCCCCUGUCUGAAGUGGACUGAGUUUCCAGACUAUGUGAUGCAGUACCCAGGUCGAGGGCUGGGCGACCACAGCUUCUGCAGGAACCCGGACCGGGAAUCGAACCCUUGGUGCUUCUUUAGACAAAAUUCUGGAGCCAUUGGAUGGGCCUACUGUGACUGCCACCAGGGAGCAGCUCGUCUGGUUGGCAGCUCGUCUUCUGGCAGUGGUCGUGUUGAGGUCUACCUGAACGGCCAGUGGGGUGCGGUGUGUGACUCCCACUGGACUGACCGAGAUGCCAGCGUGAUCUGCAGGCAGCUCGGCCUUGGAGACAUUGGCACGGCGCUGCAGCACUCACAGUUUGGCUCAGGCUCUGGCCUCUUCCACUACGAGCGCCUGGGUUGCCGUGGUGACGAGAACAGUCUGAGUAAGUGUCGGAGCAGGACGUUCGUCACAGGUGACUGUAGCCAUGGAAACGAAGCAGCAGUGGUGUGUGCAGCACCGGAAGGCAGUGGCCCUCCUCUGCGAUUGGUCGGUGGUGAGGAAGACUUUGAAGGUCGUGUGGAGGUGUUUCACGCAGGAAGGUGGGGCUCCGUCUGUGAUGACCAGUGGGACGACAGAGAUGCAGAAGUAGUGUGCAGGCAGCUUGGGUUUGGGGGUGUGGCGAAGGCAUGGUCCUGGGCUCACUUCGGUCAGGGUUCUGGUCCGAUCCUGCUCGAUGCUGUGAAGUGCUCCGGAAACGAGCUCUUCCUGGAUCAGUGUCCCCACGGCGACUGGGAGCAGCACAACUGUGACCACAUGGAGGACGCCAGCGUCUCCUGCAGCCCUUAUACAGAUGGCGUGGUGCGCCUGGUUGGAGGAGACAGUCCCUGGGAGGGUCGGGUUGAAGUUUUCCACAAUGGUGACUGGGGGACGGUGUGUGAUGACCACUGGACCCAGGAGCAUGCAGAGGUGGUCUGCAGACAGCUGGGAUACAGGGGCCAUGCUGAAGUCGUAUCAGACGGGACGUUUGGUGAAGGUGUUGGUCUGAUCCUGCUUGAUGAUGUCCACUGUGAGGGAUCAGAGACCUCCCUAUUGGAUUGCAGUCAUGGUAUUUGGGGGCGGACUGACUGCUCUCACAGUGAAGAUGUUGGUGUUCGUUGCAGGCGACAGUCCAGCCCAGAGACCAAUGAGGUGCCGGUUAUCGCUCCCUCAGUGGGUCCCCUGGUGCGUCUUGUGGGUGGCAGCUACAGAAAGGAGGGUCGGGUUGAGGUGUACCUCCAUGGCGAAUGGGGGAGUAUUUGUGACUCCGGCUGGAAUGACCUGAACGCAGUCGUGGUGUGCAGACAGCUUGGACACAGUGGUGGAGCUGUAGCAGCAUCAGGGUUCGGUCAGGGGAAAGGACCCAUCCACCUGGACCAGGUGAGGUGUACGGGGAAGGAGGAGUUCCUGGGUGAGUGUCCCUCUCUGGGUCAGAACAUCCAGGGCUGUAGUCGCAGGGAGGACGCUGGGGUGAAAUGUGAUGUCACACCAAAGAAGUCAGCGGUGCCAGUGAAGCCUGAGGAGCUGAGCUGUGGGCGGAGGAAGCCGGUGGAGGAGGAGAGCAAGAGAAGAGGCCAAGGAGAGGAGAACCUGCCCAGGACCACAUGGCCUUGGCAGGUGUCUGUGUGGCUUCACUCUCGAGAGCAAGAUGGCGGUGGUCCUCUCUGCAGCGGCACUCUGAUCAGCCCGUGCUGGGUGCUGACAUCUGCCACCUGUGUGAGCAGGUUUGGCAACGACCCGUCUCGAUACGCACUGCGCGUCGGGGCUUCAGAGCAACCUUUGACCCCGGAGCAGGUCGUGGUUCACAGGAAGUUCAAAGGUCAGAGCGGAGGUCAUGAUCUGGCGUUAUUGAAGCUCCCCAGCACCAAAGGUCAUUGUCUGACCUUUGAGCCCAACACCAAUGCAGCGUGCCUUCCUGCUACAGACUCAGCGUCAGGAGGAAAUACUCCAUCUUCAUGUGUUGUCAUGGUAACUGCAGGCUGGACAGGAACAGAUUCGGUCCUCGCCUCCUGGGUCCCUCUCAUGUCGUCAUGGCAAUGUAAGAAGCGCUAUGGCGACAGUUUCUCCAGCCAUGGCACGCUGUGCGCCGGCAGCCCGCCUGACACAAGCCUGCUCCAUAGCGACAGUUGCCAGGGUAACUCAGGAGGCGGCCUGGUGUGUCAGGAGGAGUCUGGUCGUUGGAUCUUAACCGGGGUUGUCGCUGGAGGUAACGGCUGCUCAGCCCCCUCCUCUCCUGCCCUCUACACCCGAGUGAGCCGCUUCAGGACCUGGAUUGAAGAGAUAAUCAACCCUAGACCACGACAGGAGGAACCACGCGCAAACACACAGACCGAGGAGGACGUGAUACACAGUGACCUAACGCACAACGACGUGCACGGCAAACACGACCAACAGGAAACGAAUGAAAUCAACGAAAUCAAACACACACACAAUCAUCACGCCCACACUAAGAGCACACACACCCACACAAAUACACAUAUCCUGGUCUGAUCGAGGCCGUGCCAUUGGCUAACCAUCUGUGCCAUGUGACCGCCUGAGGGGGAGGAGUCAAAGAAGUUACCCAGAAAAAAGAGAGAUGCUCAAACUCAAAGUCUGCGCUCAUUUUAAACCUGAACUCUGUGUUGUGAAUCCAAAGUACGGUUUGUAGUCGUCGGCGUGUGGGCGGAUGUGUGCGUGUGGGUGUUGUGGUGCUUUACAGCCUGAAACUACGAGCCAGAACCACCACUGACCGGUCCAAAAAUUUAGACUGAGACUGGCUCGCUGAUCCAAAAAAACCCAACAAAUCAGCAUGGCAUGAAUUAAAGGAUGAAGAGUUAAAAUAUCUGAGGGAUAUUUCUGAGAUGGUCACACCAGAAUCUAUGCUAAAAUCACCUUUAAAUGUAUGUCUACUGUAUGAGCUGUUUAAAUAACAAACUAAGAGCAAAAACAGUGAGAUUUCAGCUCAUCAUCUCUCUUGUAAUAAUUAUAAAUUACUCUAGAUUAACUCCUGCAUAAGAGCGACUCUCAGUUUUUAUAGAAAUUCAGUUGUUGGAUGUCGUUCCUUUUUCAAACAGGGCUUCAGGCUGUUGUCGUAAACCUUUACUGUUAAAGUGCUGUUCAGACCCGCGACUAAGCUAUCUCACUCCAAACCACACCUCUGAUUUUCAGGUUUUAGUGCUUUAGUCUGAACAAAUGAUGUACGCUUCUCACUACUGCUGCUAUGUUCAAUGACAAAACUCAUAAGGAUCUUUAAUUAGACGCUCAUAUGCCAAUACUUUAUCAGAAAGUCACAUGAUUUUAGAUAAAAACAUUGUAGGAAUUAUUUAAGGGAAGGGAAGGCUGCAGAAAGAAGUCUAACCUGACACACACAUGCUUACAUUUUCACUAUUCCAUAUAAAACUUGUUUUUGAAAAAGAGUUUUAAAUAAGUCAUAAAACACUUCUGUCUUUGUAAUCAUACAAAUCAAACGUGUGAUAACUUUCAGAGAGCAUCAUCAGUAGAAACAAGACAGAGGAAGAACUUCAAAUAAGUUAGAAAUAAAUUAUUCUAAAUUGUUUAUAGCUAAAUUAAUUUAAAGCAACACAUGAGCUACAAGAAUAAAUGAAUGAAAGAAAAGAUGAAAGAGAAAGAAAGAUAGAAUAGAAAGAAAGAAGCAUUACAAAGAACAAAACAAACAAGAGAAGACAAAAGAAAGAAAGAAACAAGAGAAAAAAA